UCAGUUAACUUACCAAGAGGCUGGAACAACCGGCCCUAAGCAUUUAACAGUGUAACUAGCAAUUAUCAAGAUAUUUAAAUGAUUUUUAUUGUCUUGGAGAUGAGUGGGAUGUGCCUGAAAAGUUUGAUUAUUUACUUUAGUUAUGCCCUAUAUCUAUAUCAUUUAUACCUUGCAGAUAUGGAUUUUAAACUGAGCAAUGGAUUCUUUGAUUUAUGUAUAAAUGUGUCGGAUAAAAAUACUGUUUACUUGAAGAGUAUUUUAUUAAAAUUAUAUCAAAUGGGUUAUAGGACAGUAGCAUUGAAUCAAAUUGUGAAUGAAAAUGUUUUUGAUACUGACAAAAAAAAGAAGAAAAAAGGCGGUGAUGAAAAUAAAGAACUGCCCAGCACAGUGCCAGAUCCAAUUGAUGUGUCUAAAUUAAAUGAGGAGUUUGAAGGAAAAUUAUGUAUACUUAAUAGGAUAACAUUUGUUUGUUCUGACUCAAUGAAAACACAUACACUGGCACAUUGUGCAAGUCUAAAGAAAUAUAACUUGUAUGCGAUUGUGCCAAAUAGUCAAUCUAUGUUACAGUUUGCGUGUUCACAAAUAAAUGCGGAUUUGAUUACAAUAAGGCCAUCAGUUUCUGGUAUCAAGAUGAAUAGAAAGCUAUAUCAACAGGCAGUAGAAAGAGGCUUAUCUUUUGAGAUACAAUAUGCAGAUCUUUUACAACCAGAAACACGCAAAAUGGCUAUUUAUUAUUCUCAUUUGUUUUACUCCUAUGGGAAGAGCAGAAAUGUGAUUAUAUCCAGUGGUGCAAAUAAUAUCAAUCGUAUUAGAAACCCUUACGAUAUUAUAAAUCUUGGGCCUUUAUUGGGUUUGAACGAAGAGAAAUCAAAAGAGGCUAUAUUGAAACAGUCUCAACUUCUUCUUUUAAGAGCAGAAAGACGACGUUGCGGCAAAGCAGUAUUUACAGUGGAAUUUACGAAUGAAUCGACGGAGGACAUGUCCGAUGAAGAACGUUUAUAGGAAAAAUAUCUGUUUCAUUUAUAUUCGAUAAUAUAUCGAUUAUUUUAUAAAGCUCAUUAAAGUUAAAUUCUUCAAAUG